CAGCCAUCGUAACAAUAACAACUUUAUCCUUGCAAUAGGCUGAUCUUUAAACAAGUGGCUGAAGAAGUUGGUUCUCCUAAAUCAAAGCCAGAGGGCUCAGCGCAAGGAAGUCAUGCUGGAGAGCAAUGAGAAUGUUGCUUCUGUGGCAGGUGAUUGGCAGGACGCUGAGAGUUACGGAGAAUCCUCUGUGGAAUCAUCAGAAACAACCAGCCCUGAAGCAGGAAAAGAGACAUUUCAAAAUCAAAAAGAGCCUCCAAAACCAUUAAAGAGCAGGAAGAAAUCUUCCACCUUUCAGGAUGCUGACAUCCAUGAACUCCUGGUCCCACAAGAGGGUCACCAAGGGAAGUGGAGGAUCAAGUGUCCUGUGUGUGGGAAGAUAUGCAAAUAUAAAUCAGACUUCAACAGGCACCGCGUGACCCACACAGGGGAGAAGCCAUAUCAAUGUACAGAGUGUGGAAAGAGCUUCAGUGACAGUGGAACUCUUACUGCACAUCAAAGAACCCACACAGGGGAGAAACCAUACAAAUGUACAGAGUGCGGGAUACGCUUCAAUCGUAGUGGAAGCCUCAAGAGGCACAAGAGAACCCACACAGGGGAGAAACCCUAUCAGUGCCUGGAAUGCGGGAAAUACUUCAGCCUGAAAUCGAUCCUCACCACACAUCAGAGAACCCACACGGGGGAGAAACCCUUUAAGUGCAUGAAUUGCGGAAGAAGCUACAGUCGUAAGGGCAGCCUUGAUAGGCAUCAGCGGGAUCACCCCGGGGAGCAAGCCUACAUCUGCGCAGAGUGUGGGAAGAGCUUCAUUGUCAGCGAUAACCUUCCCGCGUAUCAAAAUCACUACACAGGGGAGCAACCGUAUAAAUGCAUUGAUUGUGAAAGUCGAGUCAUCAAUUUAGUCUAGUUUCUGUCAAAGCCUACUCCCAAAAAGGAAGCCAUCUAAAGGAGGAGAAACCUAAUGUUGUAUGGGAGGCCAAAAGAGACCUUAAAGGAUCCAGAGAAGGGCAAAAGUUUAUAUGUUUGGAAUGUGAGAAGAGCUUUGGUGUGAAUGGCAAAUGGUCUUCACACUGAAGAAGUCACACAGGGAAGAGACCAAUAGGUGGGCUGUGAAGUUGAAAUCAUUUACUGGACAUGGGUGAUUCUGCACGGGGGGAGUCGUAAUUAAUUACACAUCCAGAGAGAGAGAGAGAGUGAAAAAAAACCAAGGGAGGUAUAGAAAAAAGAUUGAUAAUUGCAGAAAUUUUAAAGAACUCUCUCAACCUGGUUUCUGGAUUCAGCCUCUGCCUGACUUCUACGAAGUUCCCCUUUCCAUUCAGAACCCUCCCAUUUGGGCACAGAAGGACUCCCCAGUCCUUGGUGAAGUGUUUUGAAUGGGUUGGGGGAAGCCGUUAUGGUCAGAAGGGACAUGGGGGUAAGCUUGGGCCAGCCCCAUCACUCAGACUUCACUCUGGAUCCAAUCCUGUUUUGCUAUGUUGUGAGGGGGGAGUGGGAAUGGGAGGUUAAUUCUGAAAGGCAGCUAGAAUUUAUUAACAUAAAGCUAAACAGAGUCAGCAAACAGCGUUGGUCAAAUCAUGCAAUUCUUCCCGGAAGAAGGAAGAACUAAAAUUGUUUGACAGUAAGAUGCUGGAAUGAAGAGAGUUGAAAGAGGCACAUUCUAAAUCUAGUUUAUGGUAAGUUGAACUGUAUAACUUGUAAGCCUUUCUUUGGUCAUGAAGUAAUUGUGAAAUGUAAAAUAAAGUAGAAACAACUGUCAAAGCAAAUCAGGUCGUUUUGAAAGUGCAGCAAAUACUGCUCAAGAGACCCACAGGAGGAGGAGGAAGAUUGUCCCCUGUUCAGUUCCUAAUUAAAGGAACUGAAUUCUUGGCCUCAGAGAGGUAGCAGGGUAUGCUCGUGUGUUUGUGUUUUUGUCUUGGAGUGGACAAUAGUGAAAUCACCUACCUUGCUACUUUGUGAAAGAAGAUAAUCCAGUGGAGGUCUUUGACCAAGGAAAUGAAGCUAAUGUGGGGAGAGGAUGGAACAAAGAAAUAAAAC